AUGAACCUUUGGGUUGGUGUCCCGGGAGGUUCAAGCCGUCUCCAUAAUGAUGCUCGCCCGCCAAGUACCCGUCGUACCCAGUUUCAAUAUCCGUCCCAUUCAAACAAGUUGAAGCCUGAAGCCCAACAAACAACGGUCCGAAAAGUCAAGUCUCGAGCACAACAGGUUCCGAAUUGUACCCGGUCCAACUGUCCAGGGGAGCCGUCUCCAUUGAUCCCACCAAAGCUCCAGAGUCCAGCCUCCAGCCCAGAGUCUGGAUACCUUCUCGUUUGCCCAUUCUUCAGCGUGAGGUCAUGUAUGGAGUACAUCCCCCUCCGUCGCGGUGUCACCCCUGCAGCUCAGACACCGGAACAUGCAGAGCGCAGUGGAUGUCCCUCUCCCAGCAGUCCCAGGGCCAUCGCUCUGCAGUGCUUCCAUCGGGAAAACCUCCCAGAGGCUACGGAGCACGGAUCCCAGCAGGUGGAUGUGGAAGGCCUCAACUUGGAGGGUUGGCUAUGGCUGGGAAUUCCUCCACCAUUACGAAUUCGUUUUGCUGCUGUUGCCGUCUUUGCUUGCUUGCAGCUCCAUCUGCCAUGCAUCACGAUUCACCGCAGCCCACCACCACCACCACCACCAACCAGCUGUUCUCCCCAUGUUCCAAUUCCAUAUCCCAUGUGCCAAAUGGCCCAGUACCUGUUUGACCGUCUCUGA